GCUGGGUGGGGCCUUUUGUUCUGUCUGAGGGGAGAAAGAGGAGCGGCGGCCGCCAGCCUCGCCCAGCCCAGACGGGGCCGUCAUGUCGUACAUUCCGGGGCAGCCGGUCACGGCCGUGGUGCAAAGAGUCGAAAUCCACAAGCUCCGCCAAGGGGAGAACCUAAUUCUGGGCUUCAGCAUUGGAGGUGGCAUCGACCAGGACCCCACCCAGAACCCCUUCUCGGAGGACAAAACUGACAAGGGCAUUUAUGUCACAAGAGUGACGGAAGGUGGCCCAGCAGAAAUUGCCGGCCUUCAGGUGGGAGACAAAAUAAUGCAGGUGAACGGGUGGGACAUGACGAUGGUGACCCACGACCAGGCCCGGAAGAGGCUGACCAAGCGGAACGAGGAAGUGGUCCGGCUCCUGGUGACCAGACACUCACUACAGAAGGCCGUGCAGCAGUCCAUGAUGUCCUAACUGCGCUGUCGGGCUGGGAUGAAGGAGAAUCUGGAACGGGGGCCGGGAAGGACAUCGAUCACAGUUCACCAGUGGACCACAGGCAGAUCCUUUUGGUGGACGCCAGUGACUGGCUGCCAAAAAACCCCUCUGCGAAUGUGGCAGUGCCUACACCAUUUCUGUAGCUGCACGUGCACAAAAGUGCUAUGGGCGUUGUCACACUGUCUCCGAGGAGGGUUUUUUUGGUGGCACAGUUCUCCAGGCCCACCCCUGAACUGUAGUGGGCAUCCAAUCCAGACACUCCCCAGGAAAGCGAAGCCAACCCAAGGUGUAGAGGGCAUCUUCGCUUGAGGUUCAGCCUUGAGGAUAGAAUCAACCUUGAGUGCUGCUUUUUGCCAAAGGCCUGAGUGAAAGGGGUGGCAAAGUCCCUGGGGGUGUUCUGCUAAUGAAUUCUGCCUGGACUCCCAUCUUCCGGGAGUGACAAAAGCCGUCAGCGCAUUGCAAAUGGGGAGGGGCAAGGCCCGGGUUGCCAAGCACUGGGUGGAGAAAUACCUGGAGAGAGUUUGAGGAGGGAUCAGGCCUCAGCUGGGUUACACUUCCCACCCUCCAGAGCAGCCCUUUUCUCCUGGGGGAACCGAUCUUGGUCAUCUGAAGAUAAAUUUGUCAUCGCAGGAGAUCUCCAGAUGCCACCUGGAGCUUGGCAACCCCACGCAAGGCUCGGGUAUUCGUAGUUGUUUGGCGGCUUUCCUCCUGGGGUGUGGGAAGGAUCUGUGACUUAAACACCAAAUGCUCUUAACCUGUUUGUAAAGGCGGCCAAAGCACAUUUCUUACAUUUGUUCGAAAAGGCAUUGCUGUAAAUAACCAUUUUGAUACCUUUGCAUCCUAGUUUCUAGUAUCCUUGUUUUGGGAACUCAAGUGCAGUCUAGCACAGACAGCGUUCGGUACUGCCGUGAAGAUUUCUGUUGCCCAGAUCAAGCCAAAACCACCUGUGGUGCCAAACUCCCGUGGGACCUCCCUUGCGGCCUGCGUCAGACACUAAUAGCCCCGCAGCCAAGGGGUCCCCAUCCUGGAAAGUUUCCUGUUGUGCUUCAAUGGGUACCCGAUGCUGCAACCUGGAAGGCAACCACUCCUCUGACCAACGAGUGGCUGAAUGUACAGGCGUUAUGAGCUCCUCCCACAGCUUCUCCGCCACUGUUUGGCAAACUCUUCAGUGUUAAGGGACAGCUGUGUGAUUAGAGCCUUAAGCCUUUUUUUUGUUGGGGGGGGUUGUCCUAAAUCAUGCUUUGAAAAGAGAAGGCUGCCCUUGGUGAGACCCCUGAUGUAUCCUGGUUCUUUUGCACGGCAGGGGAUGACCCUGGUACUGCAGUCCCCCCUCGCAGGCAAAUCGUCGUGUUGGGCUCUUUUCGGUCCUUCCAGAGUUGUCCUCCGGUUUCUCUUUCCUUCUUUGCAAUUGUCUGUCAGACUGUGGGUUUUUUUCUUCCAAACGCACUGUAAAUAAUUCUCCUGUGGAAGUUUCACUAACUUAUUUCAGUAUAUUACUGCUACCCCCACUGACUUGCUGAUUUUACCUGAGUCAUAUUAACUCAGGCCUGGGACUGGAGAAGAAGGUGCCCGUCUUCGCCACUCGUUGCCUCCCGUACUGUGUUUUGUUCGGGGUCUUUUUAUAACUUGAGCUGCUGUAAGCCCCCUGGUGGCUUAGGGGCAUCAGCAAGCCCACAGCAGGCCUGGUUUCUUGGGGUGGGGGGUGGCAUUUUGUUGGCUACGCUGCUGCCCUACCUGAUUUUGCAUACAAUAAAACUCA